UUUUUUAAAUUAAAAAAGUGACUACUUUGUUGCGUAUGGUUGCCUGCUCAUUGCACACACAAAAAAAGAGAUUCUCCACCAUAACUUCUUUUGCAUACUUCAUUGAUCAUUCCCCUUUCUCUCUCCAUCUUUCCUAAACUCCUCCAUAUGCUUAAGCUUAACCACACCAAAUCAGAAGUUUACUACAGCUUUUCUUAUUCUUCUUCGCUGCUCUUACGUGGUGCUUUCCAUCUGAAUUUGAUAUCAUAUCAGUGUAUUUUCUUCCUCUCUAUAUGAAGAAGUCAUCAACGAUUCCCUAUCAAUUCUGAGAAGUUUCAUAUCUGAAGUAAACAAAUAUUUCAGCUCUGCCUUCUAGUGUUGAUUUCCAAACCAUCGUACUUGUUCAUACCCACAAACUGACCCAAGUAGCCAAAAAGCAGAUUUGAUCCUCAGCUUUUUUGUAUUUAUCUGGUCUCUGUCUCAGGUUCUCUAAGGCUGAAAAGAUUGAUUAAGAUGAUGAUGGAAAGAGUGAAAUACAGUGGGGUUAUUGUUCCUUUGUUGUGUAGUGUGGUGUUGGUGGGGAUGGUGAGUGGGAUUGGUGUGAAUUGGGGGACACAAGCAACACACCCUUUGCCAGCAUCUACAGUGGUAAAAAUGCUUAAAGACAAUGGAAUUCAGAAGAUGAAACUGUUUGAUGCAGAUUCAAAUAUUCUGGAUGCUCUAAAGAAGUCAGGGAUUCAAGUGAUGGUGGGUAUUCCAAAUGACAUGCUUGCUCCAAUCGCCAACAGUAUGCAAGCUGCUGAAAAGUGGGUCUCCAAGAACGUUUCGUCUCACGUGUCUUCUGGUGGAGUAGAUAUUAGGUAUGUUGCAGUGGGGAAUGAACCUUUCUUGUCGACAUAUAACGGCACCUUUGUAUCUACAACUCUUCCAGCCCUUCAAAACAUUCAAUCAGCUCUCAUCAAAUCUGGUUUGGCCAAUCAGGUCAAAGUCACCGUCCCUCUAAAUGCUGACGUGUAUCAGAGUUCAUCUGACAAGCCUUCCGAUGGGGACUUCCGACCAGACAUCCACGACCUUAUGCUGCAAAUUGUCAAGUUCUUAAGUGACAAUGGAGCCCCAUUUACUGUCAACAUCUACCCAUUCAUCAGUCUCUACAAAGACUCAAACUUUCCAGUUGACUAUGCCUUCUUCAACGGCUACCAGACCCCCAUAAACGACAAUGGAAAGAUGUACGACAAUGUUUUUGAUGCCAACCAUGACACGCUUGUUUGGGCAUUGCAGAAAAAUGGGUUUGGGAACUUACCCAUAAUUGUGGGAGAGAUUGGUUGGCCAACGGAUGGAGACAGAAACGCAAAUCUUCAGUAUGCUCAGCGUUUCAACCAAGGUUUCAUGUCUCGCUAUAUUGCAGGAAAAGGGACUCCAAUGAGACCUGGUCCUGUAGAUGCUUACUUGUUCAGCCUUAUAGAUGAAGAUCACAAGAGCAUUGAACCUGGAAAUUUUGAACGUCAUUGGGGUCUGUUUUACUUCGAUGGCCAACCUAAAUAUCAGCUUAAUAUUGGAUCGUCUAAAGGAUUAGUGGCCGCUAGUGGCGUGCAUUAUCUGGAGAAGAAGUGGUGUGUGUUGAAGCCUUCAGCGAACCUUAAUGAUCAACAAGUGCCACCAAGUGUGGCUUAUGCUUGUGAGAGAGCGGAUUGCACUAGUCUUGGAUAUGGGACUUCUUGUGGGAAUUUAGAUGCAAAGGGUAAUAUCUCUUAUGCAUUUAACAGUUACUACCAGGUAAGUGACCAGCUUGAUAGUGCUUGCAAGUUCCCAGGCCUUUCCAUCGUCACUAAUCAAGAUCCUUCGGUUGGAGAUUGCAAGUUCAGAAUCAUGAUCCAGACAGAUAGUGCUAACCCAGAUAGGAGGGUUGGGUCUUUCACAAUAGUGCUGUUUCUAUUUUUGCUUUUGACUUUCCUGUAAACUAAAGUAGCUUCAAGUUUU